AAGGCGGUGCUCAAGUGUGAAUGUUUUCCCAAUAAAUAAACUUAAAUUUAUUGUUUACUUCGCUGCACUUCGUUAAGGAAUCAUGUCGUUUAACUUUGGCAACACUUCUGCCCUCGGAUCAACGAGCACACCAGCAAAACCAAAUGCAUUCGGAAGUUUCUCAUUUGGUGCCCAAGCGUCAACACCUGCGUUCGGUGCGGCCAACACUGGCGCCGUUCCGACUUUUGGUGCGACAACAGGCGUUUCCGCUUUCGGUUCUACCACCACUUCAGCGUUCGGAGCACCAGCAAGCACGUCUACUUUCGGGUUCGGAACGAAUGCGGGACCGAUGGCUACUCCUGCUUUCGGUGGUUUUGGGGCCACUACUGCAACCAGUACCAGUGCUCCGGCCUUUGGAGGUUUCACUACUGUACAACCGUUCGGUAGUACUUCUAUCGCUACUUCUUCGGCACCAUCAUUCUUCGGUGGCCUUGGCACUACGCAGCCCACCGGUACGGCCGCUUUCGGUGGAUUCGGAUCGGGAACUACCUUCGGCGGUGGUCAAACGAGCUUUGGACAGCCAACAGGAGGCUUAACCUUUGGUCAACCAUCAUUCGGCCAGCAGCAGCAGCAGCAGCAACAGCAACUACAACAGUUUCAAGCUCUCUCACCCGAGCAAGCAUUCAUUGAGUCCGUUUUCAAUGUAUCCAUUUUUGGUGAUGAACGAGACACGGUCCUGGCCAAGUGGAACUACCUACAGGCAAUGCUUGGGACGGGCAAAUCGUUCUACUCGCAACAAGCCGCUCCGGUGGAGAUUACGCCAUCAAAUUUUCUGUGCCGGUUCAAGACGAUGAGCUACAGUAAGCUACCCGGGAAGGAGAACAAGUUUGGGCUCGUGGGGCUGACGAUCAACAAAACGGCGGCUCAGAUGAAAGAACAACAGCAACAGUUCAUUGUGAGCAUGAAUCAGAUUUUCGGCAACAAACCGAAUGUCAUCAUCACGGUGGACAGCAUGAAGCCAAUUAGCGAUGCCAAGGUGCAGUUGGUCAUGUACAUUGAAGAGAAAUCGACCAUUUCGAAUGAAACAAAACGUGUUCUCGCAACGGAGGUCGCCGCUUACCUUAACCAGCCGAUGCCGAAACAACAGUUAACAUCACUAGGUAUCGAAUCUGUUGUACCGCUGGUACUGCCCGAAGAUGAUCAGCUGAAAGAGUAUCUAGACAAUCCGCCCAAAGGCAUCGAUCCGCGCAUGUGGGAGCAAGCGAAGAUCGACAACCCCGAUUCGAAGCGGUUUAUCCCGGUACCGAUGAUUGGCUUUCAGGAUCUCAAAUGGCGCAUCAAGUGUCAAGAAACGGAAACAGAAAUUCAUGCAGCUUAUUUGGCUAAAGUUGAGAAGGAAAUCGGGGACUUGAAGCAGCGGCACAUAAACACAACGGCCAAAAUUGCCGAACAUCGGCGCAAUUUCACCGAACUUAGCCAUCGAAUUCUACGGAUCAUUGUGAAACAGGAAAGCACUAGGAAAUUGGGGCUAUCGUUAUCACCCGAAGAAGAAGCAAUCCGUUCAAAGCUCGAAAAUAUGCACGCACUCGUCUCGACACCAACCCAGUUCCGCGGCCGUCUGAGCGAACUGCUUUCGCAAAUGCGAAUGCAACGUAACCAAUGGGCUCACGGGAACUUCACCAAUGAGUACACGCUCGACAAGGAAGCCUCCCACGAAAUGCAGUCGUUCUUGACAAUGCAGCAAAAGGCAGUGGCGUUCCUCAUAGAUACUAUUAAUCGAGACAUGAAGACACUGAAAGUUAUCACCGAUGGCAUGACGCAUCUGGUGCAGGGUUAGGAAGGAGUUCUAAGACAUUCCUUUUUUUGUUCCUGCCGAUUGUCGUUAUGUCGAAAAGCUCGGAUAAAAGUAAUGCCGAAGGAAAUUAUUGAAGGAAUAAUAAAAAAAAUGUUCUUAUG